UCUCAUUCAUUCACAGGCACAGCCACACCAAAGAGAACAAGAAGCUCGGAGACACGCCAGACACAGGAGCCUCUGAGCCAUUUAGCCCCUGUCUGAAGGUCUUUAAGGAUACAAACUCUCCCUUAUUUUCGCCAUUCCUCCACAAAAACCAUGAGAAUGACUCCGGUAGAGAGCUGCAAGGUGCUGAAAGAGGGCGAGCUGGAGAAGAGGAGCGACAGCCUGCUGCAGUUCUGGAAGAGAAAGACCUGCGUCCUCACCACGGACAGCCUGAACAUCUACGCCGACACGCAGAAGAAAACCAAAAGCAAAGAGCUCAAGCUGCAGUACAUUAAGAAGGUGGACUGUGUGGAGCGCACCGGCAAGUUCGUCUACUUCACCAUCGUCACAACGGACAAUAAGGAGAUCGACUUCCGGUGCUCAGGCGAGGAUAACUGCUGGAACGCGGUGAUCACCAUGGCGCUGAUUGAUUUCCAGAACAGGAAAGCCAUUCAGGACUUUAAAACGAGACAGGAUGCUGAAACCUCCACUUCGGGACAUCAGGAGUCUUUGCGCAUGGCCAGGGCGCCUUGACACACUCAUUCAGCUCGUUCACACACUCCGGAGAUGUAGAAAGAGAGAUGGAGAAGCAAGCUUGGACCAAAGCGGAGAUAUUUGCACCACGUCUGAAAAGCAGAGACACCAGAGAGGUGCUGUAUCUAAGCUGGAGCUCUUCGGAACCUCUGAUAUAAUUUCAACAGGCCAAACAGACAUUCAAGACUGAACACUCGAACUUUCAAAGUCACAUUCUUCAAUGUGAGGGAUCCUACUGCUCCCUGGAUUUCAGUUGUAAAUUUUUGCCUAUUUAUUUGCUACAAUGAAUGUAGUAUGGAUAAAAAAGUUGUUUGUAUGCUGAUCGUUUAAGUUAUUUCCAUGUCCUGUUUUUAAUGUUAAUUUAAAUAAAUUUGCAUAAAAUACA